AAUAAAUAAAUAAAUAAAAUUAGAUUCACAAAAGAUUCAUUUCUUUUUUGGUAAGUAGAGAUUCUCUACUCCACUGAAGGAAUAAAUUUCAAAAGAACUCUUGAAGACAAACGGAUUUUAGCUGAAAAAUCCAAAGUUAUGAGCAAUUUGAGAUCAAUAUGUAGACCACAAGCUGUGUAUUUUUCAAUAACCUGUUGUUGCAGAGACUUAUUGGGUAAAUCAGCGGUUAGGGUUUCAAUCCGAAGCCCUAAUUCAGCCCCUCAAUGGAUGAAACCUUCGGUGCUGCAAUCAUCAUUGUACAGUACUUCGAGAAGAAUUGAAACAUGGGAUUAUCGAUUGAAUCAGCAGAGGAAAACUGUGACUACCUCUGCUUACAAUUGGAACGACUCCAAGUCUCCCUAUGAAACUCUUGAACUCGAAAGGGAUGCAGAUGAAGAACAAAUAAAGGUGGCAUAUAGACGUUUGGCGAAGUUUUACCAUCCAGAUGUUUAUAAUGGCAGAGGGACUCUUGAGAAAGGAGAAACUGCUGAAGCUCGAUUCAUUAAGAUUCAAGCUGCUUAUGAGCUGCUUAUAGAUGAAGAUGAACGGAGAAAAUAUGAUAUUGACAAUCGAGUGAACCCCAUGAAGGGUAAUUGGAAUCAGAUGGUGCUGGAUUUGUUUAUAUUUUUUGCUGCCAAUGGAAGUUUCCAGAAUGCAUCUGAAGCAUGGGUGGAGUGGCUUAUGAAAAAGCGAAAAGCAUUUGACCAGCGGGGUGAUAUGGCCAUUGCUGCAUGGGCUGAACAACAGCAGUUAGAAUUAAAUCUGAAGGUCCGCCGUCUCGCUCGUUCAAAGAUGGAUCCUGACGAAGAAAGGAGAAUUAUCGCUAAAGAGAAAAAGGCAUCCUUGGAGAACUUUAAUAAUACUUUGAAGCGGCAUACACUUGUCUUACGGAAAAGAGAUAUAAUGCGGAGAAAAGCAGAGGAAGAAAAGAAAAAGAUCUUUAGCAGGCUUCUUGCUGCUGAAGGUCUGGAGCUCGAAGAGGAUGAUGGUGAAAAAUUAUAGAAAAUUCAAUGUGUGUGGGUUCUCCUCCAUGCACCUGAUGAAGAAUGCAGUAUUUUGGGAAGUUGCUUGAGGCUGAUCCGAACAAUGUAUUGUACAAUAGAGGAGGAAGAAAACACUGUAUAUAUGAUAUCUCCCGUCUGUCGCUGUAGAAACGAACAAAUAGCAUCUUCGUAAGUUAUUUAGAUAAGCACCAAUCAUAGUUGUACUAUACUUGGCAAGGUUGCAGGAUUUAGUUUGCCGGCACCAAUCAUAGUUGUACUAUACUUGGCAAGGUUGCAGGAUUUAGUUUGCCGUAUGCCAUGUUUAUGCUUCCAUAGAUGCUAUCUCUCUUUCUAUAAAUACUGCUGCUCUUUAGAAGUCAACAACAAUCCAGACGGUUCA